AGGGUAAGCUACUGAGAGGGAGGAAAGAGAGAGAGAGAGAGAGAGAGAGAGAGAGAGAUGGACAACCUGCUCGACCGAGCGCUGGGACUGGACGGACGCAGCGACCGGUGGCCCCUCCGUGGCAAGCUGGUUCUCGUCGAAGACUGCGUGGAGACGGGCGGAGCAUUCGUCAUCCACCACAUCAUCAAGCGCUUUCUCUCUCCUCAGUCCUCUGCUUUUUCUAACAAUUCCCUCAUCUUGGUCGCCUUCUCUCAGCCUCUCUCUCACUACGAUCGCGUCCUCCGAAAACUGGGCUGCAAUUUAGUUGCCCAAAGGGAUAACAACAGAUUUUUGUUCUUUGACAUGCUCAAUCUCCGCUUCCCAGACAGAGAAGAUGCGAAAAUUGGAAGCAGUGUUCUUGUUUCCCUCUUUGAGAAAAUAUACAACGCAGUCUGUGCCUUAUCUGCAGAAAAUAGCUGCAUUACCAUCGUGAUAGAUGAUAUUGCUCUUAUGGAGGUGGUGGCUAAUGGUUCUUCAGAUAGUGUCUUGGACUUCCUGCACUACUGCCGCACUUUAACAUCAGAAUUCGAUUGUUCAGUAGUUGCUCUCAAUCAUGGGGAUAUCUACUCGAGCAUGGAAAAGCCUAUGCUUAUGUUGAAUCUGGAGUACCUAUCUAAUAUUUUGGUGAGAGCAGAACCUUUGGCUACUGGUUCAGUAGUUGACGUGCACGGACAGUUGAUGGUUUUCGAUAAGGGCGAGCGUGACAGGCAGGGGACUUCAGGCAGCAAGAUACAUAACUUCCAUUUCAGGGUCAAGGAAAAUAGUGUGGACUUUUUCUAUCCCGGAGGCCGUGGCUGAUGAGAGCUGCAGCUGUGGGACAUUGGGAACAUAUUUUACCUUUCACAUGUACCACAAAGGGGGCAAUUGGCAAUUGUUCAAUGCACGUGCUCUUGUUACCUAUGUGAUGGACAAAAGCUGUUAUUUACUAGCAUAUGGGAAAGUCAGGAUAAUAGCAAUUAGAUCUAUAAGCUGACUUGAUGGAGAGUGGAGAGGCCUUCUUUGGCACAUGUUCUAGUCAGACUUGUCAUGAAAUCUGAUUGCCUUUG